UACAUAUGGUAAUUCCAUUCUAGAAGGGUCUGUGCUCAUCAGAGGUUAAACACUUUAUUCUGAGAGGAGUAACCUCAGGCAGCAGGGAAGAGGCUUCUCUUCAGGGAUCGGCCAACUUCUCUUCAAGAGUCUCAGAGUAUCUCCAGAGUAUAUUAAGAAUAUUGAAGAGGCACCGUCGAGACAUGCCCUCCCCAAGAGCUCCGUCGGAAGGCCUUGGGAGAUCUACCCUCCUUAGAAAAGGGGGCAAGACAGAGUGGCCUUUCUCCAAGCUGUGCAAAGUCUUGGAUCCAACUCUGUUCCAAGUGACUUUGAUUGCUGUUCUGUUGGCUCCUGUUCUUGGUGACUGUGAGCCUCCACCCGUUUUACCUUUUGCGUCUCCAACAAAUCUGCUCUAUGAUACAACCUUCAAAACUGGAACUACUCUGAAAUACAACUGUCUUCCUGGCUACAAGAAAAUAAAUUCAACUUGGAUUAUCUGUACUGCUAAUGGUGACUGGAGCUACAAUAUCUUUUGUACCAGAAAACAAUGCAAACACCCAGGAGAGUUACCCAAUGGGAAAGUGGAAGUUAAAGAUCUUUAUUUGGGUUCAGAGAUAGAAUUCAGAUGUUUCAGAGGAUAUACCUUAACUGGCUCAAUAACUAGUCGGUGUGAAGUCAGUGGUAAAGGAGUUGGCUGGAGUAAUCACCGUCCAGAAUGUGUAAUUAUCAAGUGUGAGUUGCCGCCUGCAAUCAGCAAUGGGAGACACAAUGGAAAUGAGCUCGUCUACACAUUCGGCUCUUCUGUCACUUACAGCUGUGACCCCCACUACUCACUCAUAGGCCAGGCUUCCAUUUCGUGUACAGUGGAGAACAGCAACACAACAGGUUUUUGGAGCCCAAACCCUCCUACUUGCAAAAAAAUUGCGUGUGAUCAGCCACAGAUUAUAAAUGCAGUUUUUGAGUUUGAGCCUGCAUCCCUGAAUAAUUUUAAGGACACCAUUGUCAUUAAAUGCAAGAAAGGUUACAUAAUCAGAGGCAGCAGUAAAAUGCAUUGUGAAGAAAAUAAUGAGUGGUACCCUUCUGCUCCUACCUGUGAACUCAAUAGUUGUCUUGAUUUACCAGAAGUUCCUUUCGCUUCCUGGGAGAAAGCUGGCUUAAAUCCAAGAGCUGAGGAAGCAUUUGAAGUUGGAACUGAGUUGAAAUAUAAGUGCAACCCUGGCUAUAGACCUGCUCCAACUGACUCUCUGACUGUGAAGUGUCAGGAAAACUUUUCAUGGUCAACUUCCAAAGGGUGUGAAAGAGUUUGCUGCCCAACACCAGAUAUGGAGAACAUCAUCGUCAUAAGUGACAGGAGAGAUAUUACUGGGAUAUGUGUCUAUGCCUAUGGCGACUAUGUAUCAUUUACGUGUGAUAAAGGCUACUACCCUCUUUCUACUGAUGGAAGGAGUUCCUGCCAGGCAGAUGGCACAUGGAAGCCUAAAAUGCCGACAUGUGAACCUGUUAUGUGUAUGAAACCAGACAUUAUAAAUGGAGUACUGUCUGUGGACAAGGAACAGUAUGCUGAAUUUGAAAACAUCACCAUCCAGUGUGACUUUGGCUAUGCAGUUGUUGGUCCUCCAAACAUCAUUUGCUUAGAGAACAGAACAUGGUACCCACAGUUGCCCAAGUGUGUGUGGGCAAUGGCUGAAGAAUGUGAGCAUGUGGUGAUAGGCAGAAAACUCCUGCAGUGUCUCGCCACCCCGGAGGAUGUGACAAUGGCCCUGAACGUGUAUAAACUGUUUCUGGAGAUUAAGCGACUGGAACAACAGACCAUGCAAAGACCAAGAUUUUCUAAGAGAAAGAAAAUUAAGGGACAAAUUUUGCCCAUAAAUUAAUAUAUAGAAUCUCUGCCUGGCAAA